AUGAUCUCCGUAUCUGACUUGGAAAUUUUUGGAAAUAUAUUGAAAUGGAACUCAAGUCGUGUAGAAACCGAACUAGUUAUAGAAAACAUAAAAGAAAAAGAAAUCAAUCUAUCACAAAAUGUAUACCAUAUCAUAGAUGAUACUGAGGAAAAAUUGUCUCAAUUAUUUUGUAAUAAUACAAAGGAUCUCAAUUUAACUGAUAUAUGCGACGUCAUAAAUGAUUAUGAUGUCUUUGAAGUUACUGUUGUUACUAUACUUUUCCUUUUGAUAGUAGUAACUGUAAUAGGAAACACUUUAAUUAUAUCUGCAGUAGUUACUACCAAAAGACUUAGAACUGUCACCAACUGCUUUGUAACUAGUUUAGCUGCUGCUGAUUUGUUGGUUGGCAUUUUCGUAAUGCCGCCAGCCAUUGCUGUGCAUAUUAGCGGUAAAUGGGAAUUAGGCUGGAUUCUUUGUGAUAUCUGGAUAAGUCUGGAUAUUCUUCUUUGUACAGCAUCCAUUCUCUCCCUUUGCGCUAUUAGCGUCGAUAGAUAUCUAGCAGUUACUAGACCUCUGACAUAUUCACGCAGACGAAGAUCUAAAAAAUUGGCUCUCACUAUGAUCUUGUUUGUAUGGAUUGCUGCUGGGGCUAUCACUUGCCCUCCUAUGUUUGGAUGGUACGAACCAGAUCAUAAUCAGGGUGGAGUAUGUAGAUAUAACCAAAACCCUGGAUAUGUUGUGUUCUCUGCUAUGGGUUCGUUUUUUCUUCCUAUGAUCGUCAUGGUGUAUGUUUACGCAAGGAUAUCUUGUGUUGUUGCUCGAAGACACCAGCAACUGGCCAGUACUACAACGAAAUGUGGAAAGAGGAAUAAUUUGUCUUGUAUCAGGACUGAAUCUGACUCAGGAUCUGAUAAACUAUCAUUGCGUCAAAAUGCUUCUAAACAAGUAUCUAAAAGUUCAACUCAACAAGGAGAAUGUUCUACUCACAGUGAUAAAAAAUGCCCUUGCUGUUUUCGCUCCGAAAAGCGACGACAUUCGAAACAUAGAAACGAAAAAGAAUCUAGAUUUUACAAUGAAGUGACUUUUAAGGCCAAUGUUAAGUAUAAGAGCAAUCGAAAUAGAAAUUUAUCAGUAAAAGAACACAUGGAAAAUAGAGUUUCUUCCUUGAGACGUGAAACCAAAACAGCACAGACUCUUAGCUUAGUUGUUGGUGGUUUCAUAGCGUGUUGGCUUCCUUUUUUCUUAUAUUACAUUCUAACGCCUUUUAUUCCGAGUAAUUACGUAAAUGCUGUUUUGAUGUAUAUAUUAACUUGGUUGGGAUGGUUCAAUUCAGCAAUCAAUCCUUUCAUUUAUGCCUUUUAUUCACCUGAUUUUAGAAUGGCAUUUUGGAGACUAACAAUCAAGAAAUGUAAGCGUAGUAGACGGUGA